UUCUCCGGGUGAUCGUGUGGAAAUUGACACAUGGCUGCAGACCUAUGACGCAGCACCUGCCCAAUUCGUUACCGUCUAUCUUACCAUAUGUUGACUUAAAUCUUGAGUCCCUCCUUUGAGAGCUUUCAGGUAGAUUGUAGACAUCAAAGACGACUGCUAAUACUCCAUGACCUUCACGAUGGCGACCGAAGUACCCUCCACAGACGAAGCUACACAAAUCGAUCAACUAGGCCCUUUGAGGAACUGGUCCAGGCCAGAGAUGGACGACCCGGCCUACCAAACGCUACUGUCAUACGUGAGCGGAUCUUUGGCUCUCGACGAUGCUAUCAAUGCAUUGGCCGCACCCAUCGAGCGCGCAUACAGCGACCCUCCCCAGGCCAAAGAGGCGGCCGAACGCUCAGACAACGAAGUAUCGGCAGAAGGCUUGCUCUGGGGUCUCUGGUACAGCGUUCUUCACACAGCGAAACGCAAUUCAUGGCGAAAUGCUACCGCGCACGAUCGGCUGCUGGCUCUUGUAAAGGGUUUGAAAGCACGGGCAGAUCCACCUCGUCCAGAUCCCAUGCCGGAGAAGCUAGAAGGGAACUGGAUCUGGGAAUCUGGAGUGCUGUGGAGCGAGCUACUCAUGAUUGGGCCGGCAACAAGAGAGAGCUGGAAUGAUGUUCCUAGAGAAGAUUAUGAGGUAUCGGUAGCAGAGAUCUAUGCGUGGACGAAUGUGAAUUCGUUUGUUGCGAGGCUUACGGCUGAAGGGAUAGCUGAUUUUGUCAUCUAUUCUGGAUGGAUGAUCAAGAUGAUGCUGGAAGUUCUACAGCAAAAGAAAGGGAGGGUGCCUAAAGGGACGAGGCUGGAUGCUGUUGUCCCGCCCGCAGCAGUUUGGAUAUUGCAAGCGGGAAGCACUGUGCGGGAUCAUGGAGCUAGUGAAAAUAAAAAGCACAGCAUCAAGUCAAGCUUCUAUGAGGAAAGGUGGGUAAACGGAAAAAAGGCAUUUGAAGAAGUACUGGAAAGGGAUGACGUCUCAGAAGAAACGAAAGAGAUUGCUCGCAAAGCCUUUGCAAAAGUGGAAGAGCUAGACCAAAUUUAAGGUCCUCCUUUGCACAUUACCGCAAGUUUUGCAUCAUCACUUUCGACUGUGGGAGUCUGGGAAUCUAUGUCAUCGAACAACGUUGAAAAUAGGGGAUUUGGCUCGGAGAUAUUUUAUAUAUUCUAACGAAACAAGACAACUAAAAAUCUUCUACACAAUCUCUUCUCAAGU